UUCCCUCUGCAGCUCUGUGCGUCCUCAAGUCCCGACGGAGGAUGAAUCUAUGAUUAGUUUGGAAUAUUUCACUUGUCAAAAUGCUGCGGGUCGUGGUGGAAUCUGCAAGCGGGAUCCCCAAAAAGAAACUUGGAAACCCAGAUCCAAUUGCAGGGGUUGUCUUUAGAGGCGAGAAGAAGAAAACCAAAGCAAUUGACAAUGAAUUGAAUCCAGUUUGGAAUGAAAUCCUUGAAUUUGAUCUGAAAGACUGCUGUUUGGAUGCAUCUUCCUUCAUCAACGUGGUGGUAAAAGACUACGAAACCAUUGGAAAAGAUAAGUUUAUUGGCUCUGCAAAAAUCUCAUUGAGAGAACUGGCUGCUGGUCAAGUGAAGUCCCUCCCAACCAAGAAUGUGCCUUUGGUCAAUGAGAAACAGCAAGCUGUUGGGGCCACAAUUAAUUUGUACAUUUCGUAUGAGCCACCUGCCAACUCCACGCCAAACCCACAUGGUCAGGCUAACGAAGACGUGUCUCACAUGGAGGCUGGAGGCAGUGAGGAGGGUGGUGACAGAGAAGAAGACCUGGUGGAUGGAGGAGGUCAGGUUGGAGGUCCAGGAGCUCCCACAUCACCAAAUCAGCCUGGGAAACCCUACCAUAAGCCUCUACGUCUGAGCCGAAAGAGGCACAGAGCUCUAGCUAAUAAGCCCCAGGACUUCCAGAUUCGUGUUCGAGUUAUCGAGGGCCGGCAGCUGCCUGGCAACAACAUCAAGCCCGUGGUGAAAACGAAUGUUUGUGGACAGACCCACAGGACCAGAAUAAGAAGAGGAAACAACCCGUUCUUUGACGAGAUAUUUUUCUACAAUGUUAACAUGCUGCCCUCUGAGCUGUUUGACGAGAGCAUAAGUCUCCGUGUUUAUGACUCCUUCUCUCUCAGAGCAGACAGUCUAAUAGGAGAGUUCAAGCUGGACGUUGGCUAUAUAUAUGAUGAACCUGGUCAUGCCAUAAUAAGGAAAUGGCUCCUCCUUGGUGAUCCUGAUGACUCUAGUUUGGGAGCCAGAGGUUACCUUAAAGUCAGCAUAUUCAUCGUUGGCACUGGAGAUGACCCCCCGGCUGAGAGAAGAGAGUCAAAUGAGGAGCAGGAUGACAUAGAGAGCAACCUCUUGGUACCUGCUGGUGUCACAAUGCGAUGGGCCACUCUGAGCCUAAAGGUCUAUCGUGCCGAGGAUAUGCCGCAGAUGGAUGAUGCUUUUGUUCAGACGGUAAAGCAAGUCUUUGGAGGCGAUGGAGAUAAGAAGAACUUGGUUGAUCCCUAUUUGGAAGUCAGCUUUGCUGGGAAGAAGUUGUGCACCAAGAUAAUAGAGAGAAAUGCAAAUCCCGAGUGGAACCAACUCAUCAAUCUCCAAGUCAAAUUCCCAUCCAUGUGUGAACGCAUCAAGUUGACCAUGUAUGACUGGGAUCGUCUAACCAAGAACGAUGCCAUAGGAACAGUGUUUUUAAAUCUCAGCAAAAUGUCUUACUCUGGUGGGGAGAUGGAAGCAGACACUCAAGCUGAAACUUGCAACACAGUCUCAGUCACAGAAUCGAGUACUGCAGCAUCAGAGGUUGGAUUUCUCCCAGCAUUUGGGCCGUGCUACGUCAACCUGUAUGGAAGCCCAAGGGAGUUCACUGGCCUGCCUGACCCGUAUGAGGAACUAAACUUUGGAAAUGGAGAAGGAGUCGCAUACAGGGGGAGAGUCCUCGUAGAAAUGUCCACUCAGUUGGAUGGAAAGGUUGAUAAGAAUGUUGAUGACAUCUCCAGUGACGACAUCUUGGUGGCGCAGAAAUACCAACGGAGGAGGAAGUACUCGCUGUGCGCCGUUUUUCACAGCGCAUGCAUGCUCCAAGAGCCGGGUGAGCCGAUCCAGUUCGAGGUCAGCAUUGGUAACUACGGUAACAAGAUGGAUUCCACCUGCAAGCCCCUGGCAUCCACCACCCAGUACGGCUUUGCUGUGUUCGAUGGUAAUCGCUACUAUUACCUACCCUGGGCUGACACUAAGCCUGUGGUCAUUCUGACAUCAUACUGGGAAGACAUCAGUCACCGCAUGGACGCCAUCAACGCUCUUCUCUUCAUCGCUGACCGACUGGAGUCCCACCUUAAAGCUUUGAAAACUGCCAUCCUGGCAAAAGUGCCCGAGACACAUCUGGAAGAGAUCUGGCUCAAGCUCAUCAACCACGUGACUGAAGACCUCAACAGUUUACAGCUUCCAGCACUGGAGAGUCAGCCCAAUGUUACAGCGCUGGAUCUCCAGAUUAAGAAACUGCGUGAUGCAGCUGUGGUCAAUAUCACACAAAUGGCCACUCGCAUGAGAGAAGAGGUCACAGAUGUCAGAUCUACUGUUGGAGAAAUUGAAGACUGGUUGGACAGAAUCAAGCAGCUGGCAGAGGAGCCUCAGAACAGCAUGCCAGAUGUGGUCAUAUGGAUGUUGAGAGGAGAGAAGAGGGUGGCUUAUGCCCGAGUACCAGCCAACCAGAUCCUGUACUCCAACUUCAGUGAACAGGCCCACGGUAAACACUGCGGGAAGACCCAGACCAUCUUCAUGCAGUAUCCCAUGGACAAGAACAAAGGUUUGAAAAUCCCCGUUCAGCUGCGUGCCAACAUGUGGCUCGGUCUCUCGGCUCACGAGAAGAAGUUCAACAGCUUCUCAGAGGGAAACUUCAGCGUGUAUGCUGAAAUGUAUGAGAACCAGGCUCAGGUGUUUGGGAAGUGGGGGACCACCGGCCUGGUCGGUCGCCACAAGUUCUCAGAUGUGACUGGAAAAGUGAAACUCAAGCAAGAGCGCUUUCUGCCUCCACGAGGAUGGGAAUGGGAGGAAGAUUGGUUUGUUGACCCCGAGCGAUGUUUAUUGACAGAAGCAGAUGCAGGACACACGGAGUUCACGGAUGAAGUGUUUCAGAAUGAAAGCCGUUUCCCUGGCGGCGAGUGGAAACCUGCUUCAGAGCCCUACACAGAUGUGAAUGGGGAGAAAGCUCAGAACCCAGGAGAGUUUGAAUGUCCACCUGGAUGGACCUGGGAGGAUGAAUGGAGCUUUGACAGCAACAGAGCUGUGGAUGAAAGAGGCUGGGAAUAUGGAGUGACUAUUCCCCCUGACGAUAAACCCAAAUCGUGGGUUGCAUCCGAGAAGAUGUACCACGUCCACCGCAGGAAGAGACUCAUAAGACCAAGAAGGAAAACGUCUGAGAAAAUGGCUUUGGCUGAGAGACGAGGAACGGGAGAAGGUUGGGAAUACUCUUCCCUAAUUGGCUGGAAGUUUCACAGAAAGGAGCGCACCUCUGACACUUUCCGUCGGCGUCGCUGGAGGAGAAAAAUGAUUCCCGCCGACCGCAUUGGCUCGUCUGCCAUCUUCAGACUGGAGGGAGCGUCGGGGGUUGAUAUUGAUGAGAAGGCCAGCAAAACGGAUGCAGCCAAGCUAUUUGGUGCCAACACACCCACUGUUUCCUGCCACUUUAGCCGGUCUUACAUGUACCAUCUCAGAGUUUACGUGUAUCAAGCGAGAAAUCUCUGUGCAAUGGACAAGGACAGCUUCUCAGAUCCCUACGCCCACGUGUCAUUCCUGCAUGUGAGCAAGACCACAGAGGUCAUAAGAAGCACACUAAACCCCACAUGGGAUCAGACGCUCAUCUUUGAGGACAUCGAAAUCCACGGAGACCCACAGACUCUUGCCAGCAAUCCCCCGGACGUCGUCUUGGAGCUGUAUGACAGCGAUCAAGUGGGCAAGGAUGAACCCAUGGGUCACUGCACCUGCACCCCUGUGGUAAAGCUGAACCCCGGAGCAGCGGCCUCCCCGAAGCUGCUGUGGUUCCCAGUCACUAGAAGCGGCCGAAGUGCAGGAGAGGUGCUGCUGGGUGCUGAACUCCUACUGAAGGACAAGGUGAAUGAUGGAGAUUUUCCUCUGGUGCCUCCUCGGCGAGGGGAGAGGCUGUACAUGGUUCCUCAGGGAAUCAGGCCUGUUGUGCAGCUCACUGCAAUCGAGGUUUUGACUUGGGGUUUGAGGAACAUGAAGACCUUCCAGCUGGCCACGGUGUCCUCCCCCAGUUUGAUCGUGGAAUGUGGUGGUGAGAUUGUUCAAACUGCUGUGAUCAAAAACUUCAAAAAGAAUCCCAACUUCCCUGGAUCCGUGUUGCUCCUCAAAGUGCUUCUUCCAAAAGAGGAGAUGUACACACCUCCCAUCGUGCUGAAGGUCAUCGACCACAGACCCUUUGGCCGGAAACCUGUGGUGGGACAGUGCACCAUUGACUCUCUGGAGCAGUUCCGUUGUGACCCAUACCGUCUUAAGAGUGACAGCAGCAUGUCUGCCAGAGUGGCAAUGUUAACUGCUGCCCAAGGGGAUGCUGUCAUAGACAUUGAGGAGAGAGACAUCAUUAAAACUGAGCUUCAGACCGAAAAGGAGGAGGAGGCUGUGGACUGGUGGAGUAAGUUUUAUGCCUCAGUUGGAGAACAAGAAAAAUGUGGGCCGUACUUAAAAAAGGGAUACGACAAGUUGGAGAUCUACAGCUGUGACUUGGAAGAAGUCAAACAGUUUCAAGGACUGACUGAUUUCUGCAGCACUUUCAAGCUUCAGCGAGGAAAAACCGAAGAUGACGAGGACGAUCCUUCAGUGGUGGGAGAGUUCAAGGGUUCAUUCAAGAUUUACCCUCUGUCGGAUGACCCAGGGGUGUCCGCUCCCCCUCGGCAGUUCAGAGAGCUCCCUGAGAGCCGGCCGCAGGAGUGCCUGGUCAGAAUAUACGUGGUGCGCUGCAUUGACCUGCAGCCCAAGGACACGAAUGGCAUGUGUGACCCAUACGUUAAGAUUUCACUCGGAAGGAAAACCCUGGACGACAGAGACAACUACAAACCAAACACCCUCAAUCCAGAGUUUGGAAGGAUGUUUGAGGUGUCUUGCUUCCUCCCUCAAGACAAGGAUCUGAAGAUUGCUGUGUAUGACUAUGACUUACUGAGCAGAGAUGAAAAAGUGGGUGAAACGAUCAUUGAUUUGGAGAACAGGCUCCUGUCUCGCGUCAGGCCGUGCUGUGGCCUACCACAGACUUAUUGUGUGUCAGGGAUCAAUCAGUGGAGAGAUCAGUUGAAGCCCUCUCAGAUCCUCCAGAAUGUGGCCAAAGUUAGGGGUGUCCCUCCUCCACGCAUAGAGGGAGAUGGCAGCUCGCUUUCUUUCUCAGGAAAACAAUACAACCUGCAGGAUUUUGAGGCAAAUGCAGUGAUUCACCAGCACUUAGGCCCCGCCAGAGAGAGGAUGGCUCUGCAUGUCCUGAGAGACAUUGGCCUGGUUCCAGAGCACGUGGAGACCAGAACCCUGCACAGCUCCCACCAACCAAAUAUAUCCCAGGGACGAAUUCAAAUGUGGGUAGACAUUUUCCCAAAGAACCUAGGCUUGCCUGGACCUCCAUGUCACAUCACUCCACGCAAGGCCAAGAAGUACUUCCUGCGUGCCAUCGUUUGGAACACGACUGACGUCAUUCUGGAUGAAACAAGCAUCACUGGAGAAAACAUGAGCGACAUCUAUGUCAAAGGAUGGAUGCCUGGAAUGGAGGAGGACAAGCAGAAGACCGAUGUCCACUACAGAUCUCUGGACGGAGAUGGUAACUUCAACUGGAGAUUCAUCUUUGAGUUUGAGUACCUGCCUGCAGAACAGCUGUGUGUCGUCUCCAGGAAAGAGCAUUUUUGGAAUCUGGACAAAACUGAAUUCAGAGUUCCUCCGAAACUGAUUAUUCAGAUUUGGGACAAUGACAAGUUCUCGCUGGAUGACUACUUAGGCUCAGUUGAGCUGGACCUGCUCAGUCUUAUCGCUCCUGCCAAGACCCCAGAGAAAUGCAGCCUGAAGAUGCUUCCAGGAAUGAUGGGAUAUGGUUCCUCCAAAAACAUGCUGUCAAGCUCUCUCUUCUCCCAGAAGUCUGUGCGAGGAUGGUGGCCAUGUGUCAUUGAGAAGGAUGGAAAACAUGAGCUUGGUGGUAAAGUAGAGAUGACACUGGAGAUAGUGGAAGAGAAGGAGAUGGAAACGAGACCUGCUGGAAAAGGGAGAGAUGAGCCCAACAUGAAUCCCAGACUGGACCUACCCAACCGCCCUGAUACAUCUUUCUUCUGGUUUACAAACCCUUGCAAGACCAUGAAGUUCAUCGUGUGGCGCAGAUUCAAGUGGAUUUUUAUUGGAGCCAUUCUUCUGCUGCUAGUUAUCCUGUUCCUUGGGAUAUUGUUCUACUCCCUUCCUAAUUACAUAUCAAUGAAGAUUGUGAAGCCUUUCUCCUAAGAAGUGUUGGAGAGAAGCGGCCUGACUUUCUACAGCAGAAUCUACAAUCACACUCAGUUAUUGUCUGUCAGUAAAAUGUGCACCUACCCUGAUACUCUUUCUUUUUGCACUUUGUUAACCUGUAGCUCAAAUCACUAUCAUCAUAAUGUCUCACACAAUUUUAUCUCUUGUUUAUGUAAAAAGUCAAGGAAUUAUUUUAAUAAAAUGU